AUGAUGACUACUCAAAUCAAAACUAUACCUACCGCUGAAAGAUGCGAAGAACUAAUCAGGAUGCUUGAAUUUGAAGAUGAUAAUCUAAACAAAAUAUUUUCAAAAGAUAGAGUUGGUGAGAACAAAAAGAAUUCAUUAUUCUUUAUUCCAGAAUUUAAAAUAUGGUUUUGUGAUAUGAUUAGAAGUCAUAAAGGUUGUACUACGAAGCAAGUUGAUGCUGUUAAGGAAUUAUUAGAAAUGAGAAAUAUGGCUCAUGUUCCAAGCUGUCCAAUAUCAAGUUCAUUAGAAAAAGCUGCAACUAUAUUUUUGAUGAGAAAAUUAUGCUAA